CAAUAUGAGUGACCGUGAAUUAAGUUGCAGUAAUACGGCGGGACAAUUUAUGGAUCGUGGCCGCAUGAAUCAGAAUGGUGUAGUACAGCCGCUGUUAACAGAUUUAUAUCAAAUCACCAUGGCCUAUGCCUAUUGGAAAUCGGGCAAAACAGACGAUCAUGCAGUGUUCGAUUUAUUUUUUCGCACCAAUCCAUUCCAUGGUGAAUUUACCAUAUUUGCUGGCCUGGAUGAGUGUCUAAAGUUUUUGGAUAGUUUUCACUACAGUGAUAGUGAUAUUGAAUAUCUAAAACAAACUCUGCCCGAAGGCACAGAAAAUGAAUUUUUCGAUUAUUUGGGAAAUUUGACAGCCAAGGAUGUAACCCUAUAUGCCAUAGAUGAGGGUACAGUGGCAUUUCCGCGAGUGCCCAUCAUCAAGGUUGAAGGUCCUUUGAUUAUUGUACAGCUGUUGGAAACAACGCUAUUGACAUUAGUUAACUAUGCAAGUUUAAUGGCAACAAAUGCAGCACGUUAUCGCAUGGUAGCCGGUAAACAUGUAAACCUAUUGGAAUUUGGUUUAAGACGAGCUCAAGGUCCUGACGGUGGUCUAUCGGCAUCGAAAUAUUCAUAUAUUGGUGGUUUUGAUGGCACCUCUAACGUUUUGGCUGGUAAAUUGUUCAAUAUACCCGUUAAGGGUACACAUGCUCAUGCCUAUAUUACAUCAUUUUCGGGUAUUGGUGAGCUGAAGACACGCCUGCUGAAACAUAAAAGCACAGGUGUCACCGGUGACCUUUUGGAAUUAGCUGUACAAUAUCGGCAGGCAUUAUCCCAGCUGCUUGAUGUCUCCAUGGAAGAAUCAUCCGAAGGCGAAUUGGCCGCAAUGGUAUCAUAUGCCAUUGCAUUUCCCGAUGGAUUUAUGGCUCUAGUCGAUACGUACGAUGUUAAGAGGAGUGGCCUACUUAAUUUCUCAGCCGUUGCCUUGGCCCUUAACGACUUGGGUUAUCGUGCCGUGGGUGUACGCAUUGAUUCCGGCGAUUUGGCAUAUCUGUCGUGCUUGGCCCGCGAAACAUUCGAACGCGUUGGCGAACAUUUCAAGGUGCCGUGGUUCAGUAAAUUGACAAUUGUUGCCUCGAAUGACAUAAACGAGGAUACCAUAUUGAGUUUGAAUGAACAGGGUCAUAAAAUUGAUUGUUUCGGGAUUGGUACACAUUUGGUGACCUGUCAGCGACAACCGGCCCUGGGUUGUGUUUACAAAUUGGUUGAAAUCAAUGGCCAGCCCAGAAUUAAAUUGAGUCAGGAUGUUGAAAAGGUUACCAUGCCUGGCCAUAAGAAUGCAUUCAGAUUAUACAGCGCCGAUGGCCAUGCUCUCAUCGAUUUACUGCAAAAAGUCACCGAACCACCACCAGCGGUGGGCCAAAAAGUUCUUUGCCGUCAUCCGUUCCAAGAGUCAAAACGCGCCUAUGUCAUUCCCUCGCAUGUCGAGUCAUUGUAUAAAAUCUAUUGGCAAAAUGGUAAAAUAUGCCAGCCCUUGCCGAGAUUGGAACAGGUCCGUGAACGGGUUCAAAUGUCCCUGAAGACACUGAGAAAUGAUCAUAAGCGUACAUUGAAUCCCACACCAUAUAAGGUUGCUGUCAGCGAUAAUUUGUACAAUUUCAUUCAUGAUUUGUGGCUACAGAAUGCUCCAAUUGGUGAACUAUCAUGAUCUAUAUAAGGCAAUUGUC